GGCGAGAGUUAGAAAUCCUCUCACUCCUCCCCAGCGUCACGGCUCCUUGUGAGCAGAGAGAGAGAGACGAGCUAUGGAAACGGAAAGGAGAUGGGAAGACCUACCAAUGGAUUGUUUAGUCCACAUUUUUGAUAGAUUGGGCCUGGAAGACAAGUCAUUGGGAGUGCCUUUCGUCUGCAAUUCUUGGUACAUAGCUUCUCUCAACCCUCUGUGUUGGAAAGUCCUCGAUUUCCGUCCCCUUGAUUUUGAGUUGGAUAGCCCCUUCAUCCGUCGAUUCCAACAAGAAUACCGUAUCACCAGCUUCUCGUUUACCGGAUUCCUGAAAUUCGCAGUCAAUCACAGCCGUCGAUCUGCCAACAUGAUCCUCUUCCCUGAGAAGGGAUUUGAGAGGAUCGAGUCCGACGGAUUGCAUGCACCAGAAGCUCCUUCUCCAUAUCUAUAUUUUACACUGGAGGACUUGACUUAUUUAUCAGAUGAAUGCCCUGCAUUGAAAGUCUUUAGAUGGCGUUGUCCGAGCGAGGAAGUCAUGAAACAUUUUGCAAAGUACAUUCACAAAUGGAAGGAUCUUGAACAACUAUUCAUGAAGAUAAGUCCAUCAUCCUUCACUGAAGUCAUAAUGGAAAUCUCCUGUCACUGCAAGAACUUCAAGGUGUUCGGCACAUCAUCUUACAUCACUGAAUUGGCAGCUAAGGCCAUUGUCACAUUCCUUCCUAAGAUCAAGUACUUGGAUCUGAGCCACUCUUUUAUGAGCAAGGAAAUUCUGCUAAUAAUAUUGGAUGGCUGCAAGGAUUUGGAGGAAUUCUAUGUCAAAAACUGUAUUGCUUUCGAGGCUGAUGAUGAGAUACUGAGAAAAGCUUCUCAUCUCAAAGUCUUUGAGUACGAGGGUUCAGAGAUACGUGUGGACCAAUUCAACCGCUUGUUUGUGCAAGUUAGAGAGCAGAUAAUCAUGAUAUUGUCUAAUUACCUUCCUGAUGAUAGUUCAGAUGAAGAUUAAGAUCCUUGACAUUCGCGAUGAAGGAAGCAUUUUGGUUGUAAAAUUAUAUUGCUUUUGGUUUGGAAAUGCAUGGAGAGACAUUGACAUUGGAAGAUUAACAAGCCCACAUAUCCUCUACAGCACGAUUGCAGUUAUGAGUGGGUGCUCAAGGUGUGUUCGAGUUGACACACACAUCAGCCCAGUUAACCUGGCCAGAUUGCCACGUGUGCAUCAGAUGCGGACCAUCGGCAUGCUUUUGUAAACUGUCCAUUGUCUACGUUUGAUGGUUGUCCACAUGAUUUGAGGACCAGAUUGAUUUUUUCUUUCGAUCAUCUUCUCAGUGGAGCCCACCUUUUGCACAGGUCAGAUUUUGUACCCAUGUGCCAGGUUGGCAUGUGGGUCAUGCAUUAAGUGUGUGUGUGGGAGAAGGUACAUGUGGAACUGGCAAACUUCAUAAUAUCAUACCUUGUGUAUCAAGCAGUGAGUUUCCGUUUUCUUUCUUUAAAAAAAAAAUUAUUUAUU